AUGGGCUGGCGGAUCCGCCUGGGCUUCCUGGCCCUGUGGGCGCACCGGCGGCAGGCAGCGGCGGCCGCCGCCGCCCAGGAUGGCGACGUCGGCAGGGAGCGGCGGGACCUGGAGCUGAAACUGGUGCAGGUGGUCUUCCGGCACGGGGCUCGCACCCCGCUGCGGCCCCUGCCAGGGGCAGCGCCGGUGGAAUGGCAUCCCACUCUUUUAGAUGUACCUGCUCAGACUAAGCUUGAUUACAUGGUGACUGACCUAAAUGGAGGACCUCGACCCUCCUCGCCCUAUGAGGAGCAAUACAAAAAGACCACAUUCAAGGGUGGUGCAAUUGCAGGACAGCUGACAACAGUAGGGAUGCAGCAGAUGUUUGCCCUCGGGGAAAGGCUGAGGAGAAGCUAUGUGGAAGAAGCCAACUUUCUCUCACCAACGUUUAAGCCUGCUGAGGUCUUCAUCCGUUCCACUAAUAUUUUCCGGAAUCUGGAGUCCACACGGUGCCUGCUAGCUGGGCUGUACCAACAGCAGAAAGAAGGAUCUGUUGUCAUUGUCACUGAUGAAGCAAGCUCUGAAAUCCUCUACCCCAAUUACCACAACUGCCAGCGCCUGAAGUGCUUGAGCAGGCAUAAGUUGAAGAAUGCUCUGCAACAGCCAGGUAUCUCUGAUGACUUGAAAACAAUUAAGGAGAAGAUGGGUAUUGAUGGUGAUAAGGUGGAUUUUUUUCUCCUCCUUGAUAACAUUCUUGCUGAGCAGGUGCACAAUUUGCCAAGCUGCCCUGUGCUGAAGAACUUUCAGCAGACAAUUGAGCGUCGAUCUGUUGACUCGCUGCUUUUCCUUCUGGAAGACGGUUCAAGAGAAGUUCUUCAGAUGAGUGUUGGUCUCCUUUUCUAUACCUUACAGAAGAACAUUACAGAAGCAGUAGAUCCCUCAUCUCCAGCUGACAAGGCCAGAAAGCUCAUUCUCUAUGCUUCUCAUGACAUUACCCUUAUUCCUCUUCUGGUGGCACUGGGCACCUUUGACUGCAAGUGGCCACCUUACGCUGCAGAUGUGACCCUGGAACUGUAUCAGCACCGGCAGUCCAAAGCGUGGUUUGUUCGCGUGUCUUACCACGGAGAGGAGCAAGUGGUGAAAGGAUGUAGAGCAGGGCUCUGCCCACUCAAAGAAUUUCUAGAAGUUCUUGCACAGUACUCAGUCAGUCCAGAGGAGUACAAUAACCUGUGCUCCCAAACGGAGGGGAAUCAGCAAACUGACUCAUGAUUAAGUUGUCUUAAAUUAAAAUUAGUUUAUUGUCACAA